AAUAGCCCUUUAUUGUGUACAAUGAAAUUGUGGAGCAUUUCCCUUUACUGUGCAUUAUAAAUUAAAAUCUCAAAAGUGACUUGCAAGUAUAAAAUCUAAAUAAACAAAUAUAAAAUGCGUAUUAGACAGUCGUAUGUUCAGGCAGUGCAAAUAAUCGAAGUGAAUGAGCAGCAGUUUGACAGUUAAUGCUUUGAAUAUUGCAGGUGAGAAAGUAUUGAACAUAGAAUAUUACAUGCAAAUGAAUAUUGGACGAAGGCUUGUGUUUUCCGGUCAGCUUCCUCGACUUGCCCGCGUACGUUCAUCACAGAGAUCAUCCUGUUGAACAUCUCCAGAAUGUCAGCCGUGUCCCUGUGUUCCUGCUUGCCCGUGGUCAUGGCGAGGAGCCUCAGCCCGGCGACUGUGUAGGGGUUGACGAUCGCCAUAAUGAGCCCGACGCUCUGCUUCUCGAUCGAAUAGGGCGACAUCACCUUCUGGGUCAACUUGUAGCCUGCCUUGACAGACAUGUAGUUCUCCCAGAUGGCCAGCACCUUCAGGCUCGAGACUCGGGUUGUCCUCAUCCUCUCAGGGUCCUACAAAAAAUGUUUGUUUUAGAAAGAUAGGUCUUUUGAUUCAUCCUUUUCAUGAAGUGAAUAAUGCUGCGCACUUACUUCAGCUCCAGGACACCUGGGCAGCACCAUAGAGCCGUUGUUGUGGAAGCUGCUGUUGAUGUUCUUCCAAAGGUGCACGGGGUCAAAGUAGACCUGUAAGAUCUGCUUGUUGACGUCGGCGUAGGGGUUGGUGGAUUAUAGAUAUGGACGUAAAACAGUCUUGAUUCUUGGUUAAAAGCAAAAACCAGGCAGUUGGCAGUUAUUUUACAUAAAUUUGUCGAAAAAUAUAAUAAUUACCUUGACUCCUCGAACAAAUCACUCCUGGGACAAUCCUUGUUGUUAGUAUGCGGUCCAGAUUUCGUACUUUUUGAAUGUAAUACAGGCUUUGUGUUCAAAAGCAUGUGAGAGUCAUUCCCACCGACUUCUAAUAAAUGAAGCUGAGUCACACAGUCCCCUUCGGGCCGGUGGGGAGCAGAGAAUACCUAAUGUGACCUGUCAAGUAUCUUGAAGUCUAUAGCAUGUCUAUACACUGUCUCUAUGCACACAGAACAUUUCAGUUAUGUUGAAUUAUAUACAGUACUGAUAUUAAGACUUCGUAGUCAAAUCUGAAUUCACUCACUGUCUACUAGAACUGAUAUUUGUCUACAUUAGUAUAUACCAUUGUACCUCAAAAGUUUAAAGUUUAAGUUUAGCUAACCCUUUUCCAAGGUAGGUUUGUAACAUUGAUGGCUAUAGUCUUUCUGUCACGCUGGCUUCAUGUACAUGUGCUAGUGCUAAUGAGAAUCACUCACGAUGAUAGGUAGGGUGACCAAACGUCGUCUUUAGCCCGGACAAGUCCUAGUUUCACAUCCUCUCCAUAGCGUCUGGCCAGGUUUUAUAAAUUCAUGGAAGUCCGGUUUUUAUGAUUCUUCACGGGACCAAUUUGAAGAGAAACCCUCAGGCCGCUGGGGGCAGCGCCUGACGUGUCUCCUACUAGUAGGGAGGGAAGGAGCAGUUCUUGUUUUUGUUGGCAGUUUACCCCUUGUAUCAUGGGGCAUUACCGCCAUCUACUGUCUUGACAGUUUGGCAAGAGAUCAGGCAGUUACAGACUACAAUAAGGAGUAGUUCUAAGAGACGUGGCUCGAUACACCUUUCUGUAAGUUUAUCCCGUUAAUGUGGAUCAUGUGUCUUCUGUUGUAUAUUGGGUUAUAUGUGUACACAGAGAUGCAGUAUCUUGUAUUAGUCUUGGAAUUGUUCUGCAUUCGUGUAUUUGGUUGAAUGUUAGUAUUAUAUUCUAAGUAGCUGUGUUUCUUAUGCCUUAGGGUUACCUCAUCUAUGUUAAUAAAAGGAAAUUCAAAAUUGACACGGAGGAGUAUUUCUUCACAAUUAGCGUGUGUUAAAAUUGAGACUUUGCACAGAAUACUACAGUACUGCUGCCUGUGACGUGUUCCCAGAGCGCCUGCCCAGUCUUAGGUCUUUUACGAUAAACGCGUAUAUAAUGGCAACUGCUGACUUAUGUCAGAGAUUUGUACUGGCAUGAUCUGUAAAAUCCUGUUUGGUGUCGCAUCGUUACGCCGCCGAUGUUUGUAAACUUUUAUAGCAAAGUUUGAUUUUUCCUUGGCUCCCGGGCACUUGCUAAUUGGGUUGCUUGGGGAGCUAAGCCGCGCUAGGCAAUACGGGAAAUGUAAUUUUGCACUGCUGCAUUUCGAAGCAUGCUGGUUGAAUAGUUUGUCAGCUUAUUGUUGGUUAUUGUUUGCGUGCAAUCUAGAACAUUGAAUGAGAAUAACAAUUGAGUGGGAAUAACAAUUUGUCAACGACAAUUGCCGUGAUAGUAAUUUAUAAAAAUGUUUAGUUGGCACAUACCCUACUGUGUGUGUGUAUUGAUUGGACUACAUUUCCAUGGGUCUGCAACUCUGCAUGCAUUAUAAUAUUCUUUUUAAAAUAAUCAUUUAAUUGCUUUUUGUUUUUUUAAUAUACCAGAGUUUUUCUAUCCAGACGGAGGAGGCACACUUUAAAUAUAUUAAAUUGUGCAUCUUUGAGUGAACUUUGAGUAAAAUUCAAGUAUCUCAAGGCCGGGCUGAGUGUCCUCUUUUUUGGAAUUUAAAAUAUGGUCACCAUAUGAUAGGCCCUUCUAUAUUUUAGAUCCCUGGGUUUGAGCCUACCUUAGCCUGUUGGAAAAGGUGGCCUUAGUUAAGAGUAGCUGUCAGAAUGAUCACAUUGCUAUUGGCUACAAAGAUGAAAAGGUCAGAUAAUGGCAACACAAUUCACUAUGGGGGUAGACUCUGUGCUUGUAGUUAAUCUUCACCUCACACACUGACACAAUCAGCAUUCAAAGGUCAUACUAGAAAAAGAAAGCAGUGUGUCAUAGAAUAGGAAAGCCGGCAACAUUGGACGAGAAACGGCAUAAAGGACUACAAUGGUUGCCAUUACUGAGUUUCAGAAGAUUGGAAUUGGUGUUUUGGGAUUUGGUUUAUUCUUUCUGCUGUUUGGUGUGUUGCUGUACUUUGAUUCUGUUUUACUGGCUUUUGGAAAUAUUUUGUUUUUGACAGGUUUAACGUUCAUCAUUGGUAUCAGGAGGACAGCACACUUUUUCUUCCAAAGACACAAGUUCCGAGGCUCAUUCUUCUUCCUCGGAGGUGUGUCGCUGGUGCUUUGCCGUUGGCCAAUCAUUGGUAUGAUGGUGGAAGUUUACGGCUUCAUCCUGUUAUUCAGGUCUUUCUUUCCAAUGGCACUGGGAUUUGUGCUAUCAGUGGUUAACAUCCCAUUCCUCGACGCUUUUUUGCAAAGUGGCUCCAGUGUGGUGUGAGCCCAUAUUCUGACACUGUGGAGAAUUUAACAAACCUGUUGGAAAGUUGUUCAGAAACUGGAGAAGAUACUUUCAACCAAGUGUUUAAAGAAAGUGUAUUAUUUAAAAAAAGAAAAAGUAUUAUACAGUAUUGUGAUUUAUUUUAUUUAUCUAUUUAUUUUUUAAAAUUUAGUUAAUGUUCACACCAUGCAGUGAGGCAUAUUCGUUCCAUAUUAACUGCCAGCCAUUCCAAGAGCAGGGAACCCCAUAUAUUUUGGCAUGUUAGAGCAAUUUCACAGAUUUUUUUCAAGCCCGACUGAAUAACGUGAAAAAAGACUAUGCAAACAUUUCAACCAACAAAAUUAACAUUAGGUUGUCUUCUCUCAUGUGGAAAAAAAAAGUUAAUAGCUGUUUUCAUUCUAGAGUAAUCAGCAGUGAACUAUAGGCCAGUUUCAGCCAAUAUUCCUAAAUACAAUACCGAGAAAAGAGUUAAAAGAGAAACACCAUGCAGAACAGUGUCUUUGAUACAUUUUGUUUACUUUAGCAA